AUGUGGGAACAGAUUUUGCUUUCAGAUAUCCGGCAGAACACCUGGAUUACGGCCGGAAGAGAGGAAGUAAAACGCAUCAGAAACGAGUGCAUUCCAUGUCGCCGCUUUCACCCGAAAGCAGCCCUCCAGAUCAUGUCCAACGUUAAUCAGGCGCGAUUAGGAGCUCGGGAGCCGCCUUUCACAUACACAUCGGUAGAUAAUUUUUGCCCAAUCGAUGUCACCUAUGAGAGAGGAACGAUGAAGAGAUGGGGAGCCCUGUUCACUUGUCUAGUAACACGGGCUGUCUUCGUAGAUGUGGCCAUCUCGCUCUCUUCGGACGAUUUCCUGAUGGUAUUGAGGCUAUUUGCAGCGAUUUACCGGAAGCCAGCGCACAUGUUUUCGGAUAACGGAACAAAUUUGGUGGGAGAAGAGCGGAUCCUGCGGGAGGAGCUGAAACGAUUAAAAGGAGAUGAAGAUUUAACCGUGCAGCUCAAGAUUCUUGGAAUUCACUGGACCUUUCAGCCCGCUCAAACCCCUCAUUUCGGCGGAUCGCACGAGGCGUUGUUACGAUCUGUGAAAAAUGCUCUGUAUGCAGCACUCGAUUCAGAGAAUCUCAGUUUGAGGAAACCGAGCGACGAGAUUCUUCGCACCCUGUUAUUCGAAGUGUCUGGUCUGUUAAAUUCGCGUCUGCUCACAUACGUGAGUUCGGACCCGGAUAUUUUUCGCCCUCUUACUCCAAAUGACUUUUUAAAUCGGGCCCCAGUGGCGGACUUGCUGGCCGGCGAAUUCAGUCGGUCUCUGCCAAGAGAUCAUUACCGCUACACCCAACGGUUAGCUACUCUAUUUUGGGACCAGUGGCAUGGAGCCUUUUUACAGUCAAUGGUUGGACGAAGAAAAUGGCAGACGCCAGCACCGAAUCUAGCUGUGGAAGAUUACGUCCUAGAUGACUGGAAGAAUGCCCCAAGAGGACGAUGGCGCACGGGGAGGAUGGUACUGACUUACCUUGGUUCCUACGGUUUAGUCCGUGCAGCGGAUGUGAAAUUCUAA